AUGGCAUAACGAGGGAAUAGUUAUACCAACGUUACUACGAGUUUUUAUUUAAGAAAUUAUGAUCACAUUAUUCUUAGUGAUUCGUGGUGAUUUUAAUCCUUGUUGAUUGAUUUUUAUCAACCAGUUACGAUAUUAAAAUGCCUAGUAAUAAAAGAGAGCGCAGUAUUAACUGGGAGAAUGAAGAAAAGCAACUUUUUAGAAAUGUUAUACGACCCUAUAUCUCAAUCAUUGAGAACAAAGAUUUAAGCACGAACACUAAUAAGCAGAAAAUGAAGGCUUGGAGUGAUAUAACUGAGAAAUUUAAUCUAGUAAAUCUAAGAACUAGAGAUAAAAAACAAUUGAUGAACCAAUGGAAGUGCACUAAAUUAAAUAGAAAAAAAGAGUUGUCAUCUUAUCGACGUGAAACUUCAAAAACUGGAGGUCGACCACAGCCACCAUCACCUUCUUUUGAAUUUUUUGAUUGUGAUGGUGCCGAGGAUAAUAAUCCAAAAGUUAAAGAAAAUCAUGUCGAGCCCAACAACAAGCAUCCCCAAACAAUGAAAACACAGAACGCAAGUAGUACUUUUAGUUUUUUAGAAGCCUCAUAUGAAGAUAUGCAUAGGUUUCGGGCCCUGGAAAAUGAGCGCCUUCAAAUAGAACAUGAAUGUAGAGUUAAGAAUAUGGCCGAGGUGCACAGUCAAGUAAUGAUAAAUUUAAAAUUACAGACAGAAAUUCUCAUGAAGACAUUAGAGUCACAAAAUAAAAAGAAUAAU